AUGAAAGAGACUGAUUUGAGAACUGAUCGGGCAGAGGCUGGCGACAUGGCCCCUGCCACCGGCAAUGGUGACCAAAACAAAGACGAACCUAAUGAAGAAAAGAAUGAAGAGAUCAAGCCGCAAGCUUCCAUUGCGGAAGUUUUCUCGUUUGCCAAGACAACCAAAGUGAAAUUGCUCAUUGUGGCAGCUCUCUUGGCGGCAAUCGUUUCUGGACUUGUAUUGCCAGCCUUUGUAUUCUACUUUGCAGAAGUGUUUGAAGAUUUGGGGGGCGACCCCAGCUCUGAUGAAUUCCUCGGGAACAUCCGGACAAUGGCUUAUAGCUUGAUGAUAUUGGGUGUUAUUGCCUUUACAUUCAUGUCCCUUCAAACUACUCUAAUGGAAACUGCAGCGGGGGAAAUGACCGCGGAGCUCAAGAAGCAGUGGCUCAUGGCACUCUUAAGACAGGACAUGGCCUACUUUGAUGUCAAAGAUGUUGCAUCACAGGCACCCAUCAUAACCAACAAUGGCAGGCAAUUCAGAAGAGGAGUUGGAGCCAAGUUGGUGGCGGGUGUUCAGUUCAUAGUUACAUUUGUGGGUGGAAUUGCAUAUUCAUUCUAUGCCUCGUGGCGCACUUCAUUGGUGCUCUUGGCCAUUUCCCCCUUUAUGACGGCCAGUGCGAUGCUCCUUGUCAAGCUCAACACCACGACAACUGCAAGGAAGAAUGAAAGUUAUGCCAAGGCAGGAUCAAUUGUCAACAUGACUGUCUCGUCCAUUCGCACAAUCCUCUCCUUGAAUUCAGUUCAGGUGGUCAUUGACAAGUUUGUCGAGGCCACCGAGGAGGCGUGCACGGGAGCUAUUUCACAAACUCAUCUGUUGGGAUUCGCAAAUGGAUCCCAAAUGGCAAGCAUGCUGCUGGCGUUCAUUCCGGUUAUUCUCUACGGAAGCUACCUCAUGUACACGGAUGUUCGUGAGACUGGUUGUGACCCGUCGGGAGCAAUUGCAGGAAACGAAACCUGUGAUCCGGCUGGGAAGGAUGUCUUUGGAGCCUUGAUGGGAAUAACGAUUUGUGCGUCCGUCCUACCUCAGGUUUCUGUGGCUAUAGAGGCAAUCUCGAGCGCGAGAGUGGCAUGCUUCCCAGCGAUCGCCGCCAUGAACCGCACGAUCAGCGGAGGGGAAGGCAACAACACUUCGUCGUCCCAGGAAGCAAGCGAGGAACACGGUCCAAUUCGAAGAGGAGGUAGUACUCUUCCAAAGUACGAGAUUGAUUCGUCUUCUGAAGCAGGACUCAAGCCCCAGAGUGUAUCUGGCUCCAUCCGCUUUGACAAUGUUUCGUUCGCGUAUCCAACGAGGAUGGAGUCUGAAGUCUUCAGCGGCUUCUCACUCGACGUGGAAGCAGGGAAAACCGUUGCAUUAGUCGGCCCAAGUGGGAGCGGGAAAUCGACAAUCGUCCAGCUCAUCGAAAGGUUCUACGACCCCGUGUCGGGUCUCAUUACGCUUGAUGGCAUUGACAUUAAGUCGUUGAACGUCAAGUGGCUAAGGCAGCAGAUUGGAUUGGUGAACCAGGAACCCUGCCUGUUUCCCAUGAGCAUAAGAGACAACAUCAAAGUCACUUGCCCUGAUGCAACUGAUGAAGAAGUCGAACAAGCUGCAAAGACAGCAAAUGCUCAUGAGUUCAUCAUGUCUUUCAAUGAAGGAUACAAUACACAGGUUGGCGACAAGGGAUCACAAUUGUCUGGCGGCCAAAAACAACGCAUUGCCAUUGCUCGCGUUCUCCUGAAGAAGUGCUCGAUUCUACUUCUCGACGAGGCCACCAGUGCCCUUGACUCUGAAUCCGAGGCCGUGGUGCAACUGGCAAUCGACAACCUGAUGAAAUCUCGAAACCUUACCACAAUUGUGGUUGCUCACCGUCUUUCGACUGUAAUGAAUGCAGAUGUCAUCGCAGUCGUGGACGGCGGCCGGAUUGUCGAACAAGGGAAGCAUGACGAACUUCUCGCGAAACCAGGCAAGUACUUUGAGCUAGUCAAAGCACAACAGCUGGACAAAGAGAAGCCGGAUGAUGGAAGCGGUGGUAACGAAACCGACACAGAGCCGGCCUCCGCAUCUCCAAGCAGAGCAAGUAGUUUCAUGGAGAACGGAGAGGGCGCAGACAGCAUUGCUCCCAUCAUUCGCCUAAAUGGCGUGAGCUUCGCAUACCCAUCUAGACCAAAGAACACUAUCUUCCACCACCUGAACCUGUCCAUUCGAAAGGGGGAGACUCUUGCGUUUGUUGGGCCGUCAGGCCAUGGGAAAUCAAGCAUAAUACAGCUUCUCGAAGCCUUCUAUCGUCCGACUGAAGGAAAAAUUGACUUCCUUGGACAUGACAUGAAGGAUAUCAAUGUUAGUUGGAUGCGAGAUCAGAUUGGGUUGGUAGCUCAAGAACCCACCAUGUUUGACCUUACCAUCGCCGAGAAUAUUCGCUUUGGCUGCCAAAAUGCAACGCAAGCUGACAUCGAAGAGGCCGCAAAGAAAGCCAAUGCCCAUGACUUCAUCGCAAAGUUCCCGCAAGGCUACAAUACUCCGAUGGGAGAAGGGGGGCAACAGGUUUCGGGAGGCCAAAAGCAGCGAAUUGCAAUUGCUCGGUGCCUUGUCAGAAAGCCGAAAGUGAUUUUGCUCGACGAAGCAACAUCUGCUCUUGAUUCUGCCUCCGAAGGAAUCGUGCAAGAAGCCCUUGACAAGAUCAUGGCUGAUGCCAAUCAAACGACCAUUGUUAUUGCGCACCGGCUUUCUACAAUCCGCAACGCUGACCGUAUCGCCGUGAUUGCGCAUGGUCGGGUCGUAGAAAUUGGCACGCACAACGAACUGAUGGCCAGGCCCCAUGGUCAAUACCGUCGACUCCAGUCGUUGCAAAACCUCGACGAGGCAAAACACUCUAACGCAUCCACAGGUGGUGUAUUCUCCAGCGUCUCAGAAUCCACGAAAGUAAAAGGACAAAUCAAAGAAGAAACGAAGAAUAACAAAGAGGAAGAAGUUGGCGAUGUAGGCGCUGAUCGUGCCAAGACACUCGCGGCACGGGCACGCUUGUUGGGCCGUGAAGACUGGCCCUUCUACAUCCUUGGAGGGGUUGGUGCGGUUAUGGCGGGAUUUUUCUUUCCUGCUUUUGGCUUUGUAUUUGCUGACAUGGUCGACGUCCUGUAUUAUCCUGUCUUGCCUUGUAAUGCAACCGCGGAAGUGUGCUCGGAAAUCUGGGACAGCGUCGCAGACGACAUGAGAGACGACUCCCAACGAGUCUUUUACGAAGUCUUGACAAUCAUGGUGAUCACCUUGGUGGGCAACAUGCUGCUGUUUUAUGGUUUUGGAACGGCUGCCGAGAGAAUGAACAAGCGAAUCCGAGACGCCGCAUUCAAGAGUCUUGUUGUCCAGGAGGUCGGAUGGCACGACCUACACCCUCCUGCAGCCAUCGUUGCACAGAUGGCCGAGGAUACCGCGAUGCUUCAUGCUUUUGCGGGAGAGCCUAUCCGAACAUUUUCCAUAUCGGUUUCCAGCGUUCUUGUUGGCCUGAUCAUCUCUUUCGUGUACAUGUGGCCCUUUGCUCUGGUAUGUCUUGGCAUUCUUCCGUUCAUGGCAUUUGGUGCCGAGAUGGAAAUGGCCAUGUACAACGGCGAAGAUGAGGGAGAUGAAAGUGACGACCACAAACACUCGUCCAGCCAGAUUGCUGUUGAGUCUAUCAGCAAUAUUCGGACUGUGGCAGCUUUGACGCUGGAACCGGAUCGUUUAUCCAUAUAUUCCCAGUCGCUAGCAGAAGAGGACCCCACACCUAUCCGUAGCAACUUUAUCAAGGGUUGCUCAAUCGGUUUAGGCCAGUUUGUUCAAAUGUGGGGUAUGGCAUUGAUGUUCUGGUGGGGUGGUUGGCUGCUGCGAAAUCACGGGGACUCGUUUACCUAUCGAGAUUACCUGAUCUCGAUGUUCGGUCUCUUCUUUUCUCUGUACGGCUUGGCGCUUGCAUUUGAAGGCAUGGUGGACAAGGACAAAGCCAAGCUCGCAGCACUCCGAGUGUUUGAGCUUAUUGAUAGGGCCAGCCUGAUUGACCCACUCAGUGAAGAGGGUAUGAAGGAUUUGUGCUACGACAGCGUCACUGGCAUGAGUUCGGAAGACUUCAAAUAUGACGACCUUACCUCUGACGGUGUCAUGCAUUCCUUGAUGGCUGCCAAUGAAUUCUUUGUCUAA